UGAAUCUCACCAGUUACAGCAUCACCAGUCUGCCUCCCCGGGUUCAACUGCGGCUAAACGCGCCACGGCCGUGCUCACUGUCACAGCACAGCAACGCUGGCUAGUGUACCCCCCCAUCACUGCCGUUAACAGCAAUCGUGUAUCGUUCCGUAUCCGCAUUUGAGCAGCAGAAACAGCGCAACGUCUGGAAGGCAGAGCAGUGAGCAGCUCUCACGUUAUCGACAUUUAGCAGCAACCACCGUGAUUCAAGUGUUUCAGCAGGGGAAUUGAACGUUCUCAGCAUUUGCAGGUUUCUCUCUGCAUGGGAUUGGACUAAAGGAAUGGCUUUCCGUUGGGGAGACGGUGCAGUAUGCUGAGGCUGUGUGUGCUGCUGAGUGCUUAAGUCGAGCCGCCGGGGACGUCAUGGAGGAGAUGGACAACAAGCCCUACCAGCCGCUGUCCAAGGGCCGCCAUGAGAUGGAGAUGUCCUACACCAGCUCGUCCGACGAGAGCGAGGACGGCCGCGCCGCCCACCAGCGCUCCUACGCGUCCCGCGAGACGCUGCCCGACUACGCCCACGAGCUGCGGCUGACGCUGGGCUCAGCCCACCGCGAGCGCCAGACCGGCUACAGCCAGCACCCGCCAGGUACAGUGCAGUGUACAAUACGCUACGACUUACCCAGCAGCCCCGGCGGUCAGUUCACCUUCCGCCCGCUGCCGCCGCCGCCGCCGCCGCCGCACGCUUGCACCUGCGCGCGCCCGGCGCCCUACGCCCAGGUCAGCCUGCAGAGGAAGACCAUGCCCACGCGGUGCCCGAGCAGCCACCAGGGCGGCCAGCCGGGCACCGAGAGCGGCACCAACGCGGACCCAGCACAGCUCCACAACAGCUGGGUGCUCAACAGCAACAUCCCCCUCGAGACCAGGCACUUCCUGUUCAAGCAGGGCUCCGGUUCAUCGGCCCUGCUCUCGGGGGCGGGGCAGGGCUACCCGCUGACCUCCGGCACCGUGUACUCGCCGCCGCCGAGGCCGCUCCCCCGCGGCAGCGUCACCCGCCCGCUGUUCACCUUCAACAAGCCCCACCGCUGCUGCAACUGGAAGUGCACCGCGCUGUCGGCCUCCCUGCUCACCCUCACCCUGGCCCUGCUGCUCACCUACGUCAUCGACUCUAUGGACGGUUGCACCACCGACUGCAACGGCAACGGGGAGUGUGUCGCCGGCCACUGCCACUGCUUUGCUGGAUUCCUGGGCCCAGAUUGUGCCAAAGACUCGUGCCCCGUGCUCUGCAGCGGGAACGGCGUCUACGAGAAGGGGCGCUGCGUGUGCCUGACGGGCUGGAAGGGGGCGGAGUGCAACGUGGAGGAGGGCCAGUGCAUCGACCCCACCUGCUCCAACCACGGCUCCUGCAUACAGGGCAUCUGCAUCUGCGGGCCGGCCUACAAAGGGGUCAACUGCGAGCAAGUGGACUGUUCCGACCCCCAGUGUGGGGGCCACGGUGUGUGUGUGCGUGGCGAGUGCGUGUGUUCUUCUGGCUGGGCCGGCGUGAGCUGUGACGACCCGCUGCCCGCAUGCCAGGACCAGUGCUCUGGACACGGCACCUUCCUCCCGGAGUCGGACUCCUGCGCCUGCCAACCCACCUGGACCGGCCCCGACUGCUCCAACGAGCUGUGCCCCGUGCCAUGUGGCAACCACGGCGUGUGCACGGAGGGCCAGUGCCAGUGUGAGGAGGGCUGGGUCGGCGCCGCCUGCGACCAGCGGGCGUGUCACCCGCGCUGCGAGGAGCACGGACAGUGCCACGACGGGACCUGUGUCUGUCAGCCCAGCUGGGAGGGCGAGCACUGCAACACGGUCACUCACGAUUUGGAUGUAGUUGUCAAAGACGGCUGCCCGGGUCUCUGCAGUGGGCACGGACGGUGUACCCUGGAGCAGAGUGGCUGGCGCUGCGUCUGCCAGGCAGGCUGGAGUGGCCCCGGAUGCAGUGUUGUCAUGGAAACGGACUGCAGCGAUGGAGCAGACAACGACGGAGAUGGCCUGAUGGACUGCGUGGACCCGGACUGCUGUGAGCAGCUGAGCUGUGCGUCCGACCCGCUGUGCCAGGGCUCGGCGGACCCCCUGGCCCUGCUGCUGCAGAAGCCCCCUCCCCCGGCCGCCUCUGCCACCGCUGCCGCAGCCUCCCCCCCCACCGCCUCACACACCCAGAGCUUCUACCAGCGUGUGCGCUUCCUCCUGGGCAAGACGGCCACACACAUCCUCCCCGGGGAGGUGCCCUUUGAUACCAGCCGUGUUGCGGUCGUCAGGGGCAACGUGGUGCUCCAGGAUGGCUCUCCUCUGGUGGGCGUGAACAUCAGCUUCCUGCAGCACCCCGAGUACGGCUACACCAUCAGCAGGCAGGACGGCAGCUUCGACCUGCUGACCUCCGGAGCGGCGUCCAUGACCCUGAUGUUCCAGCGGCCGCCCUUCCUGCCGCAGACCCGCCCCAUCUGGACGCCCCACAACAACUUCCUGGUGCUGGAUCAGGUGACCAUGUCCCGGGAGGAGGCGGCGCCCACCCGCUGCGACGUCAAGAUGGGGCUGAGCCCGUACCCCCUGGUGCUGCCGUCCCCGCUGCCCCGGUACACGGGGGCCUGUGCUGAGAGGGGGCCCGUCAUACCGGAGCUCCAGGCGGUCCAGGAGGAGGUACCCAUCCCGGGCUCCUUCGUGAGGCUCAGCUACCUGAGCAUGCGCGCCGGCGGCUACAUGUCCCUGCUGCGGGUGCUGCUCACGCCGGCCACGCCCUCCGCGCCCGUCUCCCCGCUGGGCAGCCUGGCCAAGGUGCACGUGCGCACCUCGGUGCAGGGCCGGCUGUACCAGCGCUGGUACCCCGCCGGCCCGGGCCUGGUCCACCGCAUGGUCUGGAACAAGACGGACGUCUACGGCCAGCCCGUCUGGGGCCUCACCCAUGCUACCGUAUCGGUGGGCUAUGAGUAUGAGACAUGCCCCGGUGUCGUCCAAUGGGAGCGGAGGACAGCGAUGAUGCAAGGAUUUGAACUGGUCCCUUCCAACCUGGGUGGCUGGUCUUUGGACAAGCACCACGCUCUCAACAUCGCAAGCGGCAUCCUUCACAAGGGGAACGGCGAGAACGUCUUCCUCUCCCAGCAGCCGCCUGUCAUCGCCACGGUGAUGGGCAACGGCUUCUACCGCAGCGUGCCGUGCGGGCCGGGCUGCAGCGGCGCCGCCCGCGACAUGAUGCUGUUCGCCCCCGUGGCGCUGGCCUGCGGCUCCGACGGCUCCCUCUACGUGGGCGACUUCAACUUCAUCCGCCGGGUGCAUCCCGACGGAUACACCCGGACCAUCCUGGAGCUCAAAAACCGGGAUACCAGACACAGCACCAGCCCUGCUCAUAAGUACUACCUGGCCAUGGACCCCAUGGGGGACAUCCUGUACGUGUCGGACACCAGCAGCCGCAGAGUGUACCGGGUGAGGAACCUGGGCCAGCCCAAGGACCCGGCCAGAAACCUGGAGGUGGUGGCUGGCACCGGGGAGCAGUGCUUACCCUUCGACCAGAACCACUGUGGGGAGGGAGGGAAGGCCACUGAGGCGGCGCUCAGCAACCCCAGAGGUAUUGCGGUGGAUAAAAGGGGCGUCGUUUACUUUGUUGAUGGCACCACCAUUCAGAAGAUUAACGAGCGGGGUCUGCUCUCCACCGUGAUUGGCUCAAACGGACUGAUGCCGACCCAGCCGCUGAGCUGUGAUUCCCGCAUGGACAUCACUCAGGUGCGUCUUGAGUGGCCGACGGACCUGGCGAUCAAUCCCCUGGACAACUCGCUCUACAUCCUUGACAACAACAUCGUUCUUCAGGUGUCCGAGAGCCUCUACGUCCGCAUCGUGGCGGGACGUCCCAUCCACUGCCAGGUGCCGGGCAUCGACCACCACCUGGUGAGCCGGGCGGCCGUGCGGGCCACCCUGGAGGCGGCCAAGGCCAUCGCCCUGUCCCACCUGGGCACCCUGUUCAUCGCCGAGACGGACGAGCGACGCAUCAACCGCGUCCAGCAGGUGUCCACUAAUGGAGAAAUCUCCAUUAUCUCUGGAGCCCCCACAGACUGCGACUGCAAGAUUGACCCCAACUGUGAUUGCUUCUCUGGCGACAGCGGAUACGCACGCGACGCCCGCCUGAAGGCGCCCUCCUCGCUGGCGGUGGCGCCCAACGGCACGCUGUACAUCGCCGACCUGGGCAACAUCCGCAUCCGGGCGGUGAGCCCCAACCAGCCGCUCCCCGGCCCCGCAGGGCUGGUGGAGAUCAGCUCCCCACUGGACCAGGAGCUCUACCUGUUCAGCCAGAACGGUUCACACCUGUUCACCAAGCACCUGAUCACGGGCCACCACCUCUACAACUUCUCGUACGGGUCGGACGGCCAGCUGUCGGCGCUGGCAGGGAGGGACGGCCGCGGGCUGCAGGUGAGGAGGGACGCCCACGGCGUUCCCCUCUGGCUGGCCCUACCCGGGGGCCAGGUGUACUGGCUGUCACUUAGCAACAGCGGAACACUGCGCAAGGUUUCAGCCCAAGGCCACGACGUCGCCCACAUCACUUACCACGGCAACAGUGGCCUCCUAGCGACCAAGAGCGACGAGAACAGUUGGACCACAGUUUAUGAGUACAACAACGAGGGCCAUGUGACCAACAUCACCCUCCCCACGGGCGAGGUGAGCGGUUUCCACGGCAACCCAGAGCGCUGGUCUCGGGUGGAGGUGGAGGCGUCCAACCGUGAAAACUUUGUCACCAGCACCAACCUGUCCGCGAGCGACACCAUCUACACCUUCAGACAAGAUCAUGCACAGAGCUCGUACCGCGUGAGUGCCGACGGCUCCUUCUUGGUUUCCCUGGCGAGUGGAAUGGAGCUGUCACUCAACACGGAGCCCCUCCUCCCGGGGGCGGUCGGGGGCGGAGUCAGCCCAACAGCCAGCCGCUGUAACAUCAGCCUGCCGGGAGACCACGCCCCCAGCCUGAUAGAGUGGAGGCAGAGGAAGGAGCAGGCCAAAACCAACUUCAGCACCUACGAACGCAGGCUCAGGGCACACAACAGGAACCUGCUCUCCAUAGACUUUGACCAGAGCACCCGCGUGGGCAAGAUCUACGACGACCACCGCAAGUUCACCCUGCACAUCCAGUAUGACCUGCAGGGCCGGCCCGUGGUGUGGUCGCCCAGCAGCAAGUACACGGAGGUCAACGUCAGCUACUCCAGCGGCGGGCUGCUGACGGCCAUCCACCGCGGGGACUGGUCCGAGAGGCUGGAGUACGAGGGCGGCCGGGUGGUCUCCAGGGCCUGGGUCAACGGGAAGAUCUGGAGCUACACCUACGUGGACCGGUCGACCAUGCUGCUGCUGCAUAGCCAGCGACGCUACGUGUUUGAGUACGACCACACCGACCGCCUGGUCGCCGUGACGAUGCCGAGCAUGGUGCGCCACACCCUGCAGUCCUUUCUGUCGGUGGGCUACUACCGCAACAUGUACACGCCGCCCGACAGCCAGGCCCACUUGCAGGACUACAGCCUGAACACGGGCGGACUGCUGAAGACCCAGUACCUGGGCACGGGGCGCAGUGUGGUCUACAGGUACACGCCGUCUGCCCGGCUGUCGGAGGUGGUGUACGACUCCACCCUGGUGACCUUCACCUAUGACGAGGCUCUGGGCACCGUCAAGACCAUCCACCUCACCCAUAACGGCUUUAUCAGCUCUAUCCGCUACAGACAGACAGGUCCGCUGACGACCCGCCAGAUCUUCCGCUUCAGCGAGGAGGGUCUGGUGAACGCCCGCUUCGACUACAGCUAUAACAACUUCCGGGUCACCAGCAUGCAGGCGGUGAUCAACGAGAACCCGCUGCCAAUAGACCUGUACCGCUACGUGGACGUCUCUGGCAGAGUGGAGCAGUUCGGGAAGUUCAGCGUCAUCUUCUACGACCUCAACCAGGUGAUCACCACGCACCUCAUGAAGCACACCAAGGUGUUCAACUCGUACGGCCAGGUGGUGGAGGUGCAGUACGAGAUCCUCAAGUCCAUCGCCUACUGGAUGACCCUCCAGUACGACGCGGCCGGGCGCACCACCACCUGCGACAUCCGCGUGGGCGUGGACAGCAACGUGACGCGCUACGCCUACGAGUACGACGCCGACAGCCAGCUGCAGAGCGCCUCGGUCAACGAGCGGCCCCAGUGGCGCUACAGCUACGACCUGAACGGGAACAUCAACCUGCUGAGCCAUGGCACCAGCGCCAGGCUGACCCCUCUGCGCUACGACCAGCGGGACCGCAUCACGCGGCUGGGCGAGCUGCAGUACACGGUGGACGAGGACGGCUUCCUGCGGCAGCGCGGCAACGACCUCUUCCACUACAACUCCAACGGGCUGCUGACGCGCGUGCUGAACCGCGUGUCCGAGCGCUCGGUGCGCUACCGCUACGACGGCCUGGGCCGCCGCGUGGCCACGCGCACCAGCCAGGGCCACCAGCUGCAGUUCUUCUACGCCGACCUGGCGCAGCCCACCCGCGUCACCCACCUGUUCAACCACAGCAGCAGCCAGAUCACCUCGCUGUACUACGACCUGCAGGGCCACCUCAUCGCCAUGGAGCGCACCGGCGGCGAGGAGUACUACGUGGCCUGCGACGGCACGGGCACGCCCCGCGCCGUCUUCUCCAGCAAGGGGCGCCUGGUGAAGGAGGUGCUGUACACGCCCUACGGGGAGGUGUACCAGGACACCAACCCCGAGUUCCAGCUGGUGAUCGGCUUCCACGGGGGCCUCUACGAUCCCUUCACCCGCUUGGUGCACCUGGGGAGGCGGGACUACGAUACGCUGGCCGGCCGGUGGACCUCGCCCAAUCACGAGCUGUGGGCGGAGCUGAGCGAGGAGCCGCGGCCGUUCAACCUGUACACCUUCAGGAACAACUGUCCCGUGGGGAAGGUGGAGGAGGUGACGCAGUUUACCUCUGAUAUUGGAAGCUGGCUGCAGCUGUUUGGCUUCCAGCUGCACAACGUGGUCCCAGGCUUCCCCAAGCCGGAGGUGGGCAGCAUGGAGCAGGCCUACGAGCUCAUGAAGACCCAGACCAAGACGCAGGACUGGGAUUCCAGCAAGGUGGCUCUGGGGAUCCAGUGCGAGCUCCAGCGCCAGCUGCGGAGCUUCAUCUCCCUGGAGCGCCUGCCCCUGGUGUCGCACCCCGUGGGCUCCACCUGCCACCGGCCCCUGCACCUGCCCCCCUUCGCCACGCGCCCCUCCCUGCUGGGCCCCAGCAUCCGCUUCGCCGCGGCGGCGGGGGGGCGCGUCACCGCCGAGGUGAUCGGCGUGGCCAGCGAGGACAGCCGGCGCGUGGCGGCCAUCCUGAACGGCGCCGUGCACCUGGGCGGCCUGAGCUUCAGCGUGCACGGCUGCGACACCCACCACUUCCUGCAGUCGCGGCCCGUCGAGGAGGACCUGGCGCCGGGCCUGGGCCUGGGCGGGCGCGUGCUGGACAGCGGCGUCAACGUCAGCGUGUCCCAGGUGAGCGCCACGGUGGGCGGGCGCACGCGGCGCUUCGCCGACAUCGUGCUGCAGCAGGGCGCCCUGUGCCUGUGCGUGCGCUACGGCGGCAGCGAGGAGGAGGAGCGGGCCCGCGUGCGGGAGGAGGCGUGGCGCCGGGCGGUGGACGGCGCCUGGCGGGCGGAGCGCCGGCGGGCGGAGGAGGGGGACGCGGGGAGCCGGGCGUGGAGCGAGACGGAGAAGCAGCAGCUGCUGUCGGAGGGCCGUGUGGCGAGCUACGAUGGCUACUACUCGCUGCCCGUGGAGCAGCAGCCGGAGCUGUCCGACUGCCCCUCCAACAUCCACUUCAUGACACUCAGCGAGGUGGGGGGCAGGUAACAGAGACAACCCCCGGGUAGCUCCUCCUCGCUCCUCCCGCUUGGCCACGCCCUCCGCCGCCUCCCCCCCCCC